AUGCUCACAACGUACGCUGUUGUGGCCCUGUUCGCCACUGUCGCUGUCACGGCGCCUGUGGCUGUCGACAGUGAUCCAGGAGUGUUCAUCAACACCCUUCACCAUCAUGGCGGGGUCGUUCGCAACGGCGACCCAGUCCAGGCGCUCGCAGACGAAGCAUCGCCAACUCACUACACUAUGGAUGAGAAGCCAUACACACCGUUCCACAUCCCAGAGCCGGUCGAGCCGGUCACGAUCGGUGCACCAGAGGCUCCGGUAAAGCCACAAGCAAUGGCCACGCCCGAGCCCAUCAGUGUCGCGCGACACACGACCUCAGGACAAGCUCACCAAAAGCGCUGGUGCUUGUGGCCCGUCGGCACCUUUUGCAGUGGACGCGCAUGGCUCGAUGGGAAGAAGACUGAUAUGUGGGGUGAUCCAGUGCGGCUAGACAAAGAGAAGCCUGGCCAUUCGACAAGGGAUCGUUCGGCGGAGAAUAGGGAGCAUCUGGAGAAGAGACUUUGCUGUUGGUACAACCAGGAUGGUGGUUGUCAUCAGAAAUGCUGA